AUGUCGUUCCCAAAAGCAUCCUCUUCCGCCUCCACCACCGAUGAUGACGGAUCGGACUACCCCGACGACAUCUUUGGCAGCUCUUCAUCCUCUCGUCGCUCCAACACCACAGCGGCGACGAAAAGCUCCACUUCCAGCCAUGCAUCCACCCGUCCCAUCAAGUCUGGAUCGAACGCAGCUGACGAUGACCAUCUGGCUACGUGGGCUAAGAAUACGCGGUUUGCAGUCUUCUCCCACUUUUCACAAGUGACCAGCGCGGCGCGGAACGGAGCUCAUGCGCUGCUUUCGCACCCUCUGGCCACACGCAUUGCGGCAGACUCUCAGCAUGGUGGACCUCGGAGUGCGGGCUUGGCCAACACCAUCACCUCCUUGGCUCAGCACGGACCCGUGGGCCCUUUGGGACCAAGUGAUCCAGAGUGGCGCCAUUCGGAAGCGGUCAAGGCGAUUGGAGGAGAGUUCGACUCGGCUAGAGUCUUUUUGGCGAGGUUUGCUAAGCAAGUGGCUGAGCAGGCAGAGAGAAGCAGACUGGCCGAGCAGGAGGAACAAGCAAGAAGGAAUCGCAAUGGCGCGGAUGGGGAUGCGAAUUUCGAACAGAGUGUGCUGGGCGCCUUCGAGAUCUUGGACCUUCAGCCUUCGGUCGAAAAGCCCAGAGCAAGGAGGAAUGCUUCAACGCCCGUCUCCCAGGAAGAGUGGGAUGCCCUGUUCGACACUGCUGGCACAGGCGCGCCAAGCGUUCCAUUCUCAAAGGUCAGAGAACUCGUCUUUCACAAGGGACUUGGUCCAGCGCCAAGCGGUCGACCUGGGCAACCAGCAUCCGAGCUGCGCGUGGGUCUGCGCGCUCAGGUAUGGCCCUUGCUCCUGGGUGCCGAAGAGUGGGUCAUCGGAGAGGCGUGCGAGCAGAGGAGUGCCAAGCGACGAGCUAAGGCGAGCCAGUAUUGGACUCUGAAACGAGCUUGGGCUGGACCACGCUCCAAGCCUCUCGAAGGUCUAGAUCCUUUCGUCUCCUCGACUGGCAAGGACCCGCUGUACGCGUCGAUCAGCGAGCAAGAGUUGGCUGCUCAGGAGAAGGCUUGCAGAGAAGAUAGAGAAACGCCUUGGAUGAAGGAACAGCUGCACAGGAUACGUGUCGAUUGCGUCCGAACAGACCGAAAGAUGCCUCUUUUCUCUGAUGUCAAAGUAAAGGCUGCGGGAGCCGCGGAUGGACAUGGUAGCGAGGAGAUAGGAGGUCGAGACCCUGCAGCACCUCAGAUAGUCGCCUCGAAGUCCACGGGCGAUGACUCGACAGCGCAGCCGAACUCGCACAUGCAAGCGCUCGCCGAUAUUCUGCUUACCUAUGUGAUCUGGGACAAGAGCGAAGCCAAGAGCAGUGGUGGUGCUCAUGAGCAUGUGCUGCCGGAAAAUGCCUCGCCUGCUGAAGCAGCUGCCACCAUCGCAAAGGGGCUCGCUUCCCAUCGCCAAAAGAGUCGAGAAGGCACAAAGGAUACCCCUCUAGAGAGCUAUGUGCAGGGGAUGAGCGACCUCUGUGCGCCUCUGUACGUCGUCUGCAAAGGUGACGAAGCGCAGACCUUUUGGUGCUUUGUGGGGUUGAUGCAGCGUAUGGCGAGUCCCGAUCCAAUGGAGCGUUCUAAUUUCUAUUCUGACCAAAGCGGAAUGAGAAGGCAGCUAGGACUAUUGCAAAAGCUUAUCCAGGUCAUGGAUCCAGCCGUGUACGCCCAUCUGGAGCGCACCGACUCUCUGCAUCUCUUCUUCUGUUUCAGAUGGCUGUUGGUCUUGUUCAAGCGCGAAUUCGACUUUGGCGACAUUCUGAAGUUGUGGGAGGCCCUUUGGGCAGCGGAGCUGGACGAUGCAUCGCCUAGUGACAAGGACACCAUCGACGAACAGCCAGCAUCGCCAAGUCUUUCCAACGACCUGCACCUUUUCGUCGUCCUUGCCAUCCUGCAACAGCAUCGAGAUCCGCUGCUCACCUAUCUGUACAACUUUGACGAGAUACUGCUCUACUUUCAGGGUCUCUCUCAGUCUAUCGACGUGGAGAGGACCCUCAGACAGGCGGAAGUAUCAGCCAGAACGCUCAAGGCCUUGAUAGAUCAGAAGGAUAGAGCUAGUCUUGCUGAUCGGAGCGGCAGCGCGACGCGGAUCGAUGCGCCUGCUGAUUCUGCUCUGCCGGAUAUUGACGAAGACCUCAGGUCGCUCGUAAUUUAGCUCGAGACCGUCUCUGCAUUCCUCGCGAACCUCUUCGUACUCUCAGUCUCUCCACUGCACUUUGCAAUUUUCGACGGUCUGCAUUGUACCAUAUUCACUCAAUCUCAUAUGGAAUCUUGUACAGCUAUGACAUUCGGGUC